AGCUGAUUUUUAAUUUUCUUUUACUUUUGAAUUUUCGUUACGCCAUAUUUGUUGGAAAUGUUGGUUAUUUUUACGCGACAAACUGAUUAAUUUGUCAAGUUAUUUCAAUUCUCUCAAACGUUUUCUGCCUCAAAACUUUUGUGAAUAAAUUGGUGAAACGCUAGAGUAUGUCCUCAGGAGAUAUUAGUGGAGACGCAGACGCAUCAGGACCGACUGUGGGAGGUGUAGCUGGAGCAAAUGGCAUUCCUGACGCUAUUCAUAAGGUGAUAUCGGCGGAGCGGGAGAGAGAUGCUCCCGAGGGUGGGAUGGCCAAGAAGUCUCGAGUAGACCUUAAGUCCCUGCCUACUCGACAAUACCUGGACCAGACAGUAGUCCCCAUCCUUUUACAAGCAUUAUCCUCCCUUUCAAAAGAAAGGCCGGAUGAUCCGAUCAGUUACCUGGCAGCUUACCUGAUGAAGAACAAAUCUCAGUACGAUGUCGGGUCUGCAAGCUCCUCCCAGUGAUCAACUCAUACAUUCUUUAACUCAAAAUUAAUAUACUCUGUUAGUUUUACAUUCUGUUUUAUUUGUUAUGAUUGAUUCAAGGUAUUUAUCAAUCACUCAUGCAGAAUAGUUAAAUUCCAAGUGAAGUUUAAUUAAUUAUAUUGGGAUGACCGAUUGUAUUUUGUUUGUACCUGCAAUUUAUUAAAUUUAAGUGUUUUUAAGGUGAAGUUAUGACAGUCAUAAUCAUAAUGUGUUUAUUAAGUUCAAUAUUAUGUUUGAAUGCAAUAGACUGAGAAAUAUAUUGUAGAUUAAGUGUCAGUCAGUCGACUUAAUUUUGUUUAGUGUUAAGUAAAUAAAGUUUCAUUUUUUAUUUCUUUAA